AUGAAGAACUCACUACUGUUCUUGAUUGCGCUACUUGCCCACCGGGGGCGAUGCGGCCCCAAGCCCUUGCUGCAAUGGGACCCCGAAACAGCAAAAGACUGCGUCGAUUGGUACGACAACUCUGGUGAUGAGUCAUGCGAGUCUGUCAGAGACUAUUUUAGUAUCACCCCCGAGCAGUUUUUUGAAUGGAACCCGUCGGUCGGGCUCGAUUGCGGGAGGUGGGAAGAACAGUCAUAUUGUAUCGUUACGCAGAGGCGGCUGGAAACGGAAUCACCAAAGCACACACUGACAACGGCAACUUCAACCUCGAAGAAUAUCCCUGACAAAACGAGCUCAACGUCAACCGCAUUGCUUCCAUCCCCAACCUCUUGGAAAGCAAGAGGGUGCUACGACGAUGACGAUAGUGAAUUUCCCGUCCUAGAGUAUAAACUUAGUCCGGACGGAGGAAACACUGACCUGACGAUCCCCAAAUGCGAGGACUCAUGCUACCGCCGUGGUUUCAAAUUUUCUGGUGUCCGGGAGGGCAAUCAGUGUUGGUGCAGUACCUUCGUGGGUGGCGAGUGGACGAAAACCCAGGCCGAUUGCAAUAUACCGUGCUCUGGCGACAGCAACACCAUUUGCGGUGGAAAACAACUUGUCAAUGUCUUUGAAGCCCUGGAAAAUAACGUGAGCCUCACUGGAACGAUUACGACCGGAGCAACCCAGACCAUCACCAGCCAAGCCAGCCAAAGUCAGACAAGUCCUAGCCAAUCUCUUGCUAGCCAAACUAUGGACUCGGGCGCCAGGAGGAAUCUAGGACUGCUUUUUUUCUAG